AGCCUACAUCCUCGCCUCCGCAGAGAUAUAAAGCAGCAGCCUGUCCUGGUGAGGGACGGUCAUUCUCUCAGCCUGCAGACCCAGAGAGCUCCGGGCCCUCACCCCAGACCCAGCUGCCAGGCAGGACCCAGCACCGCUGCCUGAGACGAUGACCAUGUUUGAAAAUGUCACCCGGGCCCUGGUCAGACAACUAAACCCUGGAGGGGACCUGACACCCCUGGACAGCCUCAUAGACUUCAAGCGUUUCCACCCCUUCUGCCUAGUGCUGAGGAAGAGGAAGCGCACGCUUUUUUGGGGGGCCCGCUACGUCCACACCGACUACACCCUCCUGGAUGUGCUCGCCCCUGGCAGCUCACCUGCAGACCCGACAGACUCUGGGAGCUUUGGCUUUAGGAAUAUGCUGGAUGCCCAAGUGAAGGGAAAGGUCGACGUGCCAAAGAUGGUCAACGUGAGCGGGACGGCGGUGCUGUCCCAGAACAGCACCCUGGAGGUCCAGACACUCAGUGUGGCACCCAAGGCUCUGGAGACCUUGCAUCAAGAGAGGAAGCUGACGGCAGAGCACCCGUUCCUGAAGGAGAUGCGAAGUCGAGGAGAGAACCUGUACGUGGUGAUGGAGGUGGUGGAGACCAUGCAGGAGGUGACCCUGGAGAGAGCUGGCAAGGCCGAGGGCUGCUUCUCCCUCCCAUUCUUUGCCCCGUUGGGGCUACAGGGAUCCGCAAACCACAAGGAGGCUGUCACCAUCCCCAAGGGCUGCGUCCUGGCAUUUCGAGUGAGACAGCUGAUGGUCAAAGGCAAAGAUGAGUGGGAUAUUCCACACAUCUACAAUGAUAACAUGCAAACCUUCCCUCCCGGAGAAAAGCCAGAAGAGAAGUUCACCCUUAUCCAGGCAUUUGAUGUUGGGGAGGUACACAAGGACUUCAGGACCCUAAAAGAAGAGGUUCAAAGGGAGACCCAGGAAGUGGAGAAGCUGAGCCCGGAAGGGAAGAGCUCCUUGCUCAGCUCCCUCAGCAAACUCCUAGGGAAGAAAAAGGAGCUAGAAGACCUGGAGCUCACGCUUGAAGGGGCUCUAGACAAAGGACAUGAAGUGACCCUGGAGGCACUCCCCAAAGAUGUCCUACUCGCAAAGGAGGCUGUGGGUGCCGUCCUCUAUUUCCUUGGAGCCCUAACAGAGCUAAGUGAAGCCCAACAGAAGCUACUGGUAAAAUCCACGGAGAAAAAGAUCUUACCUUUGCAGCUAAAGCUGGUGGAGAGCACAAUGGAACAGAGUUUCCUCCAGGAUAAAGAGGGUGUUUUCCCCCUGCAACCUGAGCUGCUUUCCUCCCUUGGGGAAGAGGAACUGACUCUCACAGAGGCCCUAGUGGGGCUGAGUGGCCUGGAAGUACAGAGAUCGGGCCCCCAGUACACAUGGGACCCAGACACCCUCCCCUGCCUCUGUGCCCUUUAUGCUGGCCUCUCCCUCCUGCAGCUACUGACCAAGGCCUCCUAACUUGCCUAUCCCAUUGGCUUCCUGCUUCCCUAAGGCCUUCCCUACCUCACUGUGCCCUGUCCUGACACCCAAGGGCAUUUCAGAGUCACCAGGCUGAGAAUGAUGGAAACCCUAGCUGAUCACCCAAGAUAACCAAUUUCCACUUGUCCAAUUCUGUAGAUCCCCCUGCCCCUGUGGCUCCUCAAAGCAUCCAAUAAUGCUUAAAGCCUCUAAAAGUGGAAAUACUCAAACUUUUAAAACUAUGAACCAUUUCAGCAAAACCAAAAUUAAUUUCCUAGCCCAACCCCUCCCGCUUACGAUUCCAAAAAUCAAGCUUUACUGGAAUUGAUGAAAAAAAUAUUAUUUCAUCUUGGGUAAAA